AUGAGUAGCAUAAUGACCGAAUGCACUCAGCCCGCGACAGCCCCCCUCACGCGACACGCAACCUUUCUCGUCUUGACCGUCACAUCUCCCUCCGCAAUCCCAACCAUACGCUCAACGCUUGCCAGCGUCCCCAGCAUCUCCAAAAAUGUCUCCUUCCGCGAUGCAGAUGCCAAAUUCACCUGUACUGUCGGUAUAGGUGCCUCUAUCUGGGACGCUUUAACCAGCAACCUUCCGCGUCCUAAAGAAUUACAUCCCUUCCGCGAAGUCAAGGGCGCCAAAUACUCGGCAAUCUCAACACCAGGCGACCUCCUCUUCCAUAUCCGCUCCGAACGUCGCGAUCUAUGCUUCGAGUUCGAGCGGCAGCUCAUGGAUAGCCUCGGCGAUGCGGUGCAUCUCGAAGAUGAGACCAUUGGAUUCCGCUACUUUGAUACGCGCGAUCUCCUCGGUUUCGUUGAUGGUACUGCGAACCCUGUGGGGCCAAGUGUGCCACUGUCGGUCCUCGUUGCUGCUGAAGAUGACCAUCCGCAUGCGCAAGGGGGCAGCUAUGUAGUUAUUCAGAAAUACGUUCAUGAUAUGGCUGGGUGGAAAAGCCUCGAGUCCGAACAACAAGAGCAGAUCAUCGGGCGCACAAAGCCCGAUAACAUGGAGCUCGAUGACGUCGAAGACGGGAAGCAGGCGUCCCACAAGACACUCAGCACGAUUGAAGAUGAGGACGGCAAUGAACACGAUAUUCUGCGUGAUAACAUGCCGUUUGGAUCGCCUGCAUCUGGUGAGUAUGGUACUUACUUCAUUGGGUAUACGCGGAGGCUGUGGGUUAUUGAGAAGAUGAUCGAGCGAAUGUUUGUGGGGCAUCCCUCUGGACUACAUGAUCGCUUACUAGAUUAUUCGCGACCGUUGACUGGCUGUGUUUUCUUUGCGCCUUCGGCGGAUGUUCUGGAUGGCCUUGGAGGGUGA